UUAUAAUCAAAUUCGCCGUAUUUACAAAGGAUACAUUAAAAUUGACUAUUUCCACUAUAUUAAAAAUUUUAUAUUUUCGAAAGAUGGGCCUAAAAUGCAAACUAAAAUACGAAGCAGUUAUUGAGAAAAUCAGAAAUACAGCUGGCAAAAUCAUCCCCGCUUUGGUUAUUUUUCGAUGCUUACAACUAAAAUUUAAGGAAGUGAAACCGAAAAUUCUACUCAAAAAAAUUACAGGAAAAAUGGCGUAGAAAAUGUUUGCUUCGUCCAUAGUUCAAUGCCGAAAAAAUUAGAAUGAAUUUUCAAGAAGAAUAAUCAAUGAAUUAAUCUGUAAUUUAUGUGUCAAAGCAAUACAAGAAAUUCAUAAUAUUGUAUGUAAUUUUCUCUUACUUAAAUAUACAUUCCUGUAAUAUACAGAAAUAAUGAAUACCUACUGAAAUUAUAAAUGUGUAUUACAGGUAAAAUAAUCAAACAAUUUCUUCCAAGCAAAUUAUUUUUUAUAUUUAUUACUUUAAAUAUUCGUAAAAUUAACUAUUACUAAUCUUAUUCAUAAAUAUCAUUUCAUUCCAGCACUUCAUAAUUCUCACAUGCCACCACUACCUUAUUAAUUCAAUUCCCAAAUAAUUUCUGCAUUGAAUGAACAGCCUUGGAGAAAAUGUGUAGGGAAAACACCGUAAGGUUAUUGAUUAAACAAUAAGCUCGGUUUCAAAGCUUCUAAAUCUAAACACUUUCGCAAUAAAAAAUACUAUACUUUUACAACGUAACACAAAAGGCAAUGGUGCUUUAAUAAAAAGAGUUUUUGUGAUAUGACAGACGGUAAUUCCGAAAGUGAUUGGGAGAUAUUUAAAGUGCUUUGUAAAGGAAACGAGAUGGACCAUGGAGACGAUCUGGAUCUAGCGACGACGCUUCGAAGCGAAAUAGCAGCGCUGCAAUUCACCAGAGACCGUCUGCAAAAUGAGCUGGAUGAGAUGAGAAGCACGAUGGCGUUGAGGGACCAGAGGUGCCUGGAGCUGAAAGUGGAAGCCGACCAGUUGCGCGAGCAAGUGGCCCGGCAAAAUUCCACGUUGAGCUCGUUGAGGAAGAGAAUCUGCGAUUUGGAAGAACGAGAAAGGAACCUGUUGAUAUCGCAAACUCGCUACGAGGCCACCGUUGAGUCGGCACAGAAGGACAUAAGGUAUAGCGAGGAGAAGAACUUGGAGCUGGACUCGAAAAUCAGGAGGCUCGAAUUCGAGGUGAAUUCCAGCGAGCAAAAAAGGGACGCUUUGAAGAUUCAAUUUCAGGAUUUCGUGAGGCGAUUAUCGAUAGCUUUGGGCGCGGAUUUCGCGGACUGCGCCCACGUCUCCCUCGAGAUGCUAAUACAAAAAGCGUCCGAGCUAAUACAAGAAACUGCCAGACUAAAAAACCAAGCGCUCGGCAUGAGAGAAACUAUAAACUCCAUGGAGUCGGAUCUGAAGGCGUCCAGGGACAAUUUCGAACGAUGCCUGGCCGAGAAAGAGUGCUUUCAACGCCAAUCCACCGCUCAGAAUUUCGACAUCGACAAACUGAGGCAGGAGAAAGAAACCGCGGAAAUCGAGAACCGGGUGAUCGAAAGGGAAUUGAACGAACUCAGGAAUAAAUUCGCUCUGUCUUCGAGAAACCUAGAUAACGCCUCGGAAAAUAUUAUUCAGCAAGAAAAUUUAAUAAGCAAAAUUCGAGAUGAAGUGAAAUCGAAAGAUGAGAAACUGCAACGCUUAGCGAUAGACCACAAGCACGCAUUAGAAACGAUAGCGAUCGUGUUGAGCACACCAUCGAGAUACGUGGACUCGUCGGAAACAACUAUUAAAGAUAGAAUACACGAAAUACUACACGAAAACAACGAAAAAACCGCGGAACUGGAGAGGCUCAGGGAGAAACUAAGCUCGGAAAGCCAACAAAUGUCGCGACAAAGUUCACUCUACGACCAAGCUGCCGCUAAAAUAAGAUGUCUGGAAGAUGAGAAAAACCGGUUGGAAAUGAUGUUGCGAAAAGCAGACGCUGAUAUAAAUUCUUGUGAUAUUACCAGAGAAGCCCUAACAAGAGAUAAAACUAUAAUGCUAAAUUUCUUGGAUCGCUUAGCGAAAGCUUUGAACAUGGACGAAAUAUCGAAUGAUGUCGGUGUAGAUUUGCAAACGGAGACUUUGCUGUUAAGAGCAGAGCAGUUAGCUAGAUUAGAAAACGAAAAACUAGCCGAUAAGCUACUGUGUUGUGGAUAUGGAACAAUACCGAGACUUUGUCGGAUAAGACGAGAACGAACUUUUCAUGAUUUGCCACUAUGCAAUACAUCUAUGGUGUACCAACUCCAGCGAAGGAUACGAAAUUUGAGAGAGCAGGUUCAAAGGAAGGACCUCCAUUUGGAUCUACUUCGAAGAAAAUUGACCAUACAAGAAGACAACAACCGUGUGAAAUGCAUGCUGCAGAAUGAAAGAGACGAGGCCAACGAGAGGAUAAAGAAGCUAAUCAAGCAAAACGACCGCCUCCAGCUGCAACUAUCCGAAGCUAAAACCCAGAUAAGAAACUUAAAUUCCCAACUAGCCGAAGCAACCGAUUUUAAAAUAAUGUCGCUGGAGAGGGGCCGAAAAAUCGAAGAUUUACAGAAGCGCCUCAUCGAAUCCGAAUCUCUCAGGAACAAAUACAACCGGAAGAUCUCCCUGCUGAAGGAACAAGUGCGCACCACGGGGGAAACCAUCGACACCGAGAGGAACAUCAACGAGCAAUCCAUGCAAUUUUUAAGAGACGAACUGGCGAAAUUCAAGCACAAUUUAUCCGACGCCCAGCGCAAAGAGGCCCAAUUGCACAACUUCAAGCAAUCCAUCGCGAAAAUCCUGGGCGUAUCUUCGCUUAUACCGGAUUACGAGCUCAUUUCGAGGCUUCAGAAGUUAGUCGACGCUCAUCACGAUUUCACUUUAGUUUCCAAGAGAUACGAUGAUCCCGUGUUGCGGUUGGCUUCCAGAAGUCCUACGGGAGGGAGCAGGUGUACAAGGACUCCAGAUAGAUCCAGAUACGAUGAUUCUGGAUACAUCGAUGGAGUCGACAUCGAUGUUUGAUCGCCUCGUGGAGUUCAGUACAAAAGUUUAAUGUACAAAUCUAGUCGAGUUAAAAAUGUAUCCGUGCAAUGUGUUCUGGUAGUCUUAAUUAUAUGAGGAAUAUA